AUGAGAAGAUUCAUCGUACUAAGCUUAGUGUUGGGAAUCGAGGUCAUGUCAACAAUUUGUGGAUACAUGGGGGAUACAGAGAGACUUGAAGUCAUGGGCUUCUCUGACACUCGGCGAUUUCGUACCAGUCUUGAAGACGGUGAAGAUGGGCGGGCGUCUGAAAGAAUUGACUGCCAAGCCGUAAAAUGUACUCAAGAAGACAGUUCCACUUAUAACUUACAAGGAUGCGGUACUUGUACGGACCCAGGUUAUUGUCAACUUCCGGCCACCGCUCUUCCUGGGGUGCUUCCCGGACAGUCCAGAACGCCCAUGGAUUAA